GCCAGUUCUUGUAGGGUUUUCAGUGACGCGCGGACACGCGUGUGUGCUUCACAUAAAGAGAGUGAGUGCUUCCCCAGACGGGGAAGAGGUCGCGAUGACCGGCCGCGUUGGGUUCGUGGUGACGGUGCUCGGAGUGUGGACGUGCGUCAGUGGGCAAUUUCUCAGCAGCGGUGCUCAACAAAACAGGACGGGAGUGUAUGGAAGGACUUACCCCUUUUACGAGAAUAGGGCUUAUCCCACGGGAGGGACGUAUCGACAAGGGGGACAAUAUGGAGGGGCAUCGGCCGAGGUUGACAGCACUGGAAGUCCUUCCUAUCGUUACGAAGAUACCCGACAGAGAACUCCCAAUAGGAGUUACGAAGUAAGGGGGAGUUAUCAAAGAGGGGGUGUGGGGUCUUACAGCCAAACAGAAGCCCCAAGUGCGGGUCAAGACUAUUAUGGUCAGUCCCAAUCAGGCCAAAGACAAGGCCAGUAUGACCAAUAUGGCCGAUACAUCCCAAACCCCUCGAGUCCAUACCAAAGCAGGCGACCAUACGCCAGCAGCUAUGACAUUUUUGACGCUCCGGGAAGCGCUUAUGGGCCCAAAAACGGAAGUGAACGCUGUAUUCCUAAAUGUUUUGCCGAAAAAGGAAACCGAGGUUUUCCGGGAGUUCCUGGAAUUUCGGGAGAAAAAGGUCAGCGUGGUUUCCCGGGCGAAGAAGGGAUAAUGGGUCCAAAGGGCGACAAAGGCGAGCCAGGUCCCAUCGGUCCGAGAGGACCUAAGGGCGAACGUGGCAAAAUGGGUGUUCCCGGAUUUCCUGGAAUUAAUGGCGUUCCGGGCUUGCAAGGGCCACCCGGCCAUCCUGGACUACCCGGACUUGAUGGAUGUAAUGGAACUGAUGGUCUUCCUGGACUUGACGGUUUUCCUGGGGAACAAGGACCGAGAGGUUUUCCCGGAACGCCUGGAAUCAAAGGCGAGAAGGGUGAAGCUGCUCACUGCGAAAUUAAUCUAAAAGGGCAGAAGGGAGAACCGGGAAGAGAUGGUGUGACUGGACCUUCUGGGAAUCCAGGACCGCCUGGACCUCAAGGUUUGCCAGGAUCUCGUGGUGAAACCGGACCUCCGGGACCUAGAGGACCUCCUGGACCGAAAGGUUCGAAAGGUAACAUGGGAAUUGGGUUUGAAGGUGCUAAGGGUGAUAAGGGUAGUAAGGGAGAACGUGGUAAAAAAGGAAGUUGCAACAGUUACCAGACUGGAAACCAAACUGCUACGAUUGGCCCUCAAGGAGAAAGGGGUGAAAAGGGUGAUAUAGGUCCACAAGGAGAAAUGGGUGAGAAAGGAAAUACAGGAACAGGUGGAAACCCCGGAACUUCGGGAUCGAUAGGAAUGAAAGGAGAAAAAGGCUUGCCCGGUGCUCCCGGACCAAGAGGUAGAGAUGGAUAUGCCGGUCCUCCUGGUCCUCCAGGUCAAAAAGGAGAUCGAGGAGUCGAAGGAUUGCCAGGUUUACCUGGACGCCCAGGCCUUAAAGGAGAACCCGGAAAAGACGGCCCACCUGGUUUUCCCGGAUUAAGUGGACCACCAGGACCACCUGGUGGUGGUAAAGGCCGCCCAGGACCUCCGGGUCCUCAAGGUCCUAGAGGUUAUCCGGGACCAAUGGGACCUAAAGGAAUGGAUGGUUUUCCGGGAGAUCCGGGUCCAAGAGGUCCGAUUGGACCACCCGGAGGUCCAGGACUGAAUGGCAGACCAGGUCCUGAAGGAGCACCUGGCGAAAAAGGUGAGAAAGGUGAGGCCGGAUCUAUUGGAUUUCCGGGUGCGGAUGGACCCAGAGGAUAUCCUGGGCCUAUUGGUCCUCAAGGGCCGCGGGGAUUCCCAGGAGAGAAAGGACUCUCAAUCAUGGGACCGAAAGGUGAUAAUGGAGAACCUGGAUUAGAUGGUGAACCGGGUCAAAAAGGUGAAAAAGGUGUAUCUGGACAACGUGGUGUUCCUGGAGAUGCUUUGAAUGGUGUUCCUGGUCCACCGGGUCCUAUGGGGCCUCCAGGAGAGAAAGGAAAUCCUGGUAGACCGGGAUUGCACGGAAAUCCAGGAAUACCGGGAGAAAAGGGUGACAGGGGGGGAAGAUGUAUCGAUUGUUUACCUGGAGUAAAAGGAGAAAAAGGCGAAGCUGGAAUUAAUGGUCGGGAUGGAGAUGUUGGACCCCGUGGUCCUCCAGGAUCUAUGGGAUUUCCCGGAUUGCCUGGACUCGAUGGAUUACCAGGACGACAGGGACCUCCGGGGCCUCCAGGAAAAGAUGGUUUGCCGGGUAUUCAAGGAAAUCCGGGAAUUCCGGGAGAACCUGCAUUUAUUCCACGUGAUUUAGUUAAAGGAGAAAGAGGUCCAAAAGGUGACAGAGGAUUUCCGGGACCGGAAGGUCCCAGAGGUUUACCCGGACCAAUAGGACCUAAAGGAGAAUCUGGUUUACCCGGAUUUCCGGGUAUGAAAGGUGAACGAGGGUUUGACGGUUAUCGCGGCAGCGAUGGUAGACCUGGAGAGCCUGGUAUUCCUGGAGCAAAAGGUGAAAAAGGAACAAGUGUGAAGGGCGAACCUGGAUAUUCUGGACCACCCGGACGUCCUGGACUAAAAGGAGACGAAGGGGAACCUGGAGAAAAAGGAGUACCUGGACGAUGUCCAGAAUCUUGGACACAACUGACAAAAGGAAAUCGCGGACCUCCUGGUCCAAAAGGUCCUCCAGGUCCACCAGGUCCUUCAGGAAUAGAUGGUGCAAAAGGUGAUCUAGGACCACCAGGUUUUCCAGGCUCUAAAGGUUUGCCCGGUAAUCCUGGGCCCAGUGGACCGCGAGGACUUCCCGGUCCCAGAGGAGAAAAAGGUGAUAGAGGUCCAAUGGGAUUUGUUGGAGAGAAAGGCAGAGACGGCGCUCCGGGAGUUCCUGGUUUGGCGGGUACUAGAGGCUUAAAGGGAGAACCUGGAAUUCCAGCAAUUGGACCACCAGGCCCUCCGGGACCCUUCGGGCUUAAAGGAGAAAAAGGGUUGCCUGGUUUGCCAGGUAAAACAGGCGCUCCGGGUCAACCAGGAUUGCCUGGACUUAUGGGAGAGAAAGGAGAUGUUGGAGUCCCUGGAUUGAAUGGUUUAACUGGUCCUCCUGGCCUAAAAGGAGAACCUGGUCCGUUUGGACCGCCCGGAAUUCCUGGUGCUGCAGGUAUUCCAGGCCCUGAAGGACAAAAAGGUGAACUUGGACUUAAAGGAGAAACGGGAGCACCAGGCUUGCCUGGAUUCCCAGGCAGAAAAGGAGAACCUGGAAUACCAGGAUUAGAAGGACCAAAAGGUUUUCAAGGUCCUGCUGGUCGCCCUGGCCCCCCAGGACAACCAGGAAUGGAUGGGCUUCCGGGGCCUCAAGGAGAAAAAGGAGAUAGAGGCUUUCCAGGAGCGCCAGGACCUCAAGGAUUAGUAGGAAUGCCAGGAUUAGUGGGAUAUUCCGGUGAAAAAGGCGAUACAGGUCCCGCGGGAUUCCCGGGACUUCCAGGACCAUCUGGAAUGCCUGGCUUUAAAGGAGAACCAGGAUUGCCAGGUUUGCCAGGGCAAAAAGGCGAUCAAGGAGAUGUUUCCGAAAAAGGACAAAAGGGAGAACCUGGAAUUCCAGGAUUAAGAGGCCCUCCUGGCUUAUCAGGCAGACAAGGUUUCCCAGGUCCUAAAGGAGAUAAGGGAACAAUAGGACAAAGUAUUCCCGGUCUGAAAGGAGAACCUGGUAUUCCAGGAAAUCCCGGAAUUGACGGCAGACCAGGUAUUCCUGGACUUAAGGGUGAACCAGGAUUUCCAGGAUUGCCAGGGUUGAAAGGCGACAGAGGAUUCCCAGGCGAAAGAGGUGCUCCCGGUAUUGAUGGAAUCUCUGGAGAAAAAGGAAAUAAAGGUGAUAUUGGCUUUCCGGGACCACCCGGAUUCCCUGGAGCCAAGGGUGAUAUUGGUUUACCUGGUCGUGCUGGUCUUGAUGGCCUCAAAGGAGAAAGGGGACCUCCAGGGCCUAUAGGUCCCGUCGGUUUUCCUGGUCCUAAGGGAGAAUGGGGAGAACGCGGUCCUCCAGGACCUUUAGUAACGGUCAAAGGUGAUAAAGGAGAACCGGGACCUCCUGGAUUGCGUGGCUUAGAGGGCGAGAAAGGAGAUCGUGGAUAUCCAGGCCAACCCGGGUUAUCGGGAGAGAAAGGAAAUUCUGGAUUUCCGGGAGUUAAAGGAGAACCUGGAUUUAUUGGCGCUCCGGGUGAAAAAGGUGACAAAGGUUUUCCUGGAAUUGCCGGAGUUCCCGGCGCUACCGUGAAAGGUGAAAAAGGUCUUCCUGGUAUUCCCGGAAAACAAGGGCGCGAGGGCUUGCACGGAAUUCCCGGCGAAAAAGGCGAUCGAGGUCUUCCAGGCCUCCCAGGCCGCUCAGGAUCCCCCGGACUUCCUGGACCUCCAGGCUCUAAAGGAGGCAAAGGCGAUCGAGGUUUCCCAGGACCUGUCGGACCUCCAGGAAGUAUGGGACCCCCAGGACGCGACGGCUUACCCUGCGCUCCAGGUCCUCAAGGCGAAAAAGGUGACCGAGGCCCACCUGGACUUAUCGGAGCACCUGGAGAAAAGGGCGAUCGGGGAAUAACUGGACUUCAGGGACCUCCUGGAUAUCCAGGCGAAAAAGGCGACCGUGGAUUUGACGGAAUUUCCGGACCCCCAGGACCUGUUGGACCGAUCGGAGAAAAAGGCUUCCCUGGCGCUCCUGGUCGUCCUGGAGUACCAGGAUUAGGCGGCCCUAAGGGCGAUAAAGGAGAGCCGGCACCACCUGGAUUCCCUGGACCUAAGGGAGAUAAAGGAGUACCAGGACAGCCAGGAUUGCCCGGAGAACGAGGGUUACCGGGUCCGGUGGGACCCCCUGGUCGGGAUGGCUUCCCUGGCGAGAAAGGAGACCGAGGAGUUGAUGGAUUACCGGGAUCUCCAGGUCCGUCGGGACCAAAAGGAGAUAGAGGAUUUGAUGGAGCGAUUGGUAUUACUGGUCCUGUGGGUGAACCAGGUCCCAAAGGAGAACCCGGGGCUCCGUGUGAACAAGUCGGGGAUUACCUCACUGGAAAUCUUCUAGUGAGACACAGCCAAAGUAUCGAAAUUCCACAAUGUGAGAGCGGCCACAUGAAACUAUGGGAAGGUUAUUCUCUUCUCUAUGUGCAAGGAAACGAAAAAGCUCAUUCGCAAGAUCUUGGUUUCGCCGGUUCUUGCAUUAGGAAGUUCUCCACGAUGCCUUUUGUCUUCUGUGACUUCAACAAUGUUUGUAAUUACGCCAGCAGAAAUGAUAAGUCUUAUUGGUUGUCAACGAGUGCUCCAAUUCCGAUGAUGCCAGUCGAAGAGUCGGCUAUAAGACAAUACAUCUCCAGAUGUGUGGUCUGCGAAGCCCCAUCUAACGUCAUCGCGGUGCACAGCCAAUCACUAUCCUUGCCUGACUGUCCGCACGGCUGGAGCUCUCUCUGGAUUGGCUACAGUUUCAUUAUGCACACGUCUGAUGGCGCUGAAGGCGGUGGUCAGUCUCUGGUGAGUCCGGGUUCGUGUCUGGAAGAUUUCCGGGCAUCGCCGUUCAUCGAAUGCAACGGCGCCCAAGGCACGUGCCACUACUUUGCCAACACUCUCAGCUUCUGGCUGGCGACCAUCGAGCCCUACCAAGAGUUCCAGAAGCCCCAGAAGCAGACGCUGAAAGCCGGCAACGUCCGCGAUCGAAUAAGUCGAUGCCAAGUGUGCAUCAAGAACACGUAAUACCGCCGGUAACCCUUAGGCUUAUUUUCGACGAGUCGAUGGGUCAGUCGCAUCGCGGUGCGAAUGACCCAUCCGAUCAUGUGUUCAACCUCCAGUGUUCCUCGAAUCUCGAGUUCUUGUACAUCGGGCGUACGAAUGAUGCACGAGAACUCGCAUUUUUGUAUCAUAAGCUUUGUAACGUUUUAAUACUGCCGUGCCAUGUUUGUGUAACAAAAAGCAUGUAAAGAGUUUUGUAUAGUAUUUAGUUUAAGUUGUAUGUAUGUAAUAAUACCACAAGGCUAGAUGAAAUGGUAUUUGCGAAAAAAUCAUUAAUUAGGGCGGUCACAGUUCUUAGAAGUUUCGCUGUGAUUUUUAAUAGCAUUUUUUAAGCUGAACGGUUAUCUUUUAAAGAGAAUAUUUUUGUAAUUAAUUAUUUUAAUGGUGCUAUGUAUCCCUGUAAUAAUUUAUGUGUUCGCUUUAAGUCUGCAGUGAUCUUGUUCUACAAUUUAUCCUCAACACACACUGUUACACUUUUAAUCUCAUUAUUAACAUUCCUUUUUUGGGCUUUCGUUCUAAACUUCUAGUCAACAACGUGGCUACAAAAACUUCAAAUUCAUCAAGUAUCACUGCUUGUUUGUAAUCUUUCCAGCUCUUUAAACUUUUUUAUUAAAACACUGCCAUUGUAAAAUAAAUAUUACUUAAACAAC